AUGGCCGACGUUGUCCAAUCACCCGUCCCUCUCGAUACCAUCCCCAUCUCGCCUGAGGGUGGUAAUGCCGCUACCGACUCUGCUCCUAGCGCAAACUCUGGCGACGUCGUCACUGUCUUCCACGACCCCGAAAACUUCAACGUCAAGCACCCUCUUGCCCACACCUGGACUCUCUGGUUCACCAAGCCUCCAAGCGGAAAGGUACUUGACUCUCAGUCUCACUCAGCAGCCACAUCCAUACUAAAACCCUCGGCANNGCAAGACUGGAAUGAGUUGUUGAAGGAGGUCAUCAGCUUCAACAGUGUUGAGGAGUUCUGGGGCAUCUACCUCGCCCCCAAGUCCGAUUACCACCUCUUCAAGCAGGGUGUCCGCCCUGAGUGGGAAGACCCUCAGAACAAGCACGGUGGCCGUUGGUCCUACACCUUCAAGCAGCGCCAGGCCAACGACGAAAUCUGGUUGCACGUCCUGCUCGCUGCCAUUGGUGAGCAGCUUGAGGAUGACAACGACAACGAAGUCAUGGGUGUCGUUAUCAACAUCCGCAAGGCCUUCUACCGUAUUGGUCUUUGGACCCGCAGCGCCGGCACCAAGGCCAACCCCACUAAGCAAGGUCAGCCCCAGCGCACCCCUCAGGAAUCGCAGGCCAUCCUCAUGAAGAUCGGCCAGCGCUUCAAGGGCGUUCUUCAAGUCACAGAUAAGGAGCCUGUCGAAUUCAUGGGCCACUCCGACUCUGCCAACGCUGGUUCCACCCGUGCUAAGGCCAAGUACUCGGUCUAA